GUUUGAUUUGCAUGCGCAAUUGCGCGCUCCGGUCGGCACAAAGGGCUGCCCCUGCCUAUAUAUACAAGGCUUCCAUCGAUAGCUUGCAACCAUGAUCCCCUUGCGCCCGGAGCUGAUUGAAUUCCUGACUGCAGAGUCCUUGGGCCGGUUAUCCUGCAGCAAAGCCCUGCGCACCGAGGUGCGCGAAACGAAUGCCUGGAGGCUGCUGGCGGCCGUGCAGUGCCCGCCGCGCACCACCCGCGACGUCUUGGAGCAGGACGCCAUCUCGCGGGUGCGGUCGCAAGCGCUCCGCCGGCGGCUCGCGGCCGACCUCUCGCGCUCUGCGCCAAAUCCGCCUCGCCCGGAGGAACCAGACCAGAGAAAUAACAAGUUUACGGACUUUACUUACUUCAUACGAAUCGAAGAGGACGACGAGUUAAUUUGGGAGGGCGACCUAAGCGCCAUGCCGUCGUGCUGCGUGUCUAACCCUUCUUUAGGGGAUGAGUCCUUAGUAUUAUUACCGUCUCGACUCUUGGAUGCAAGAAUGCGCUCCUGGGAAGGCAUGGUCAACCACCUGGCACACGUUCCUACUCGAGAUGAGUAUGACGACAGCUUGAUGGAGAGCCUCAAGAUAUCCGUCGUCGCGGUUCGUGAGGCUGAUUCGGUUAUGAUCGCCCUCGGGUGUUUUAGUUUCGCGCAACCCAUAGGAGAUUUUGGUGUUAAUUGGCAACCUUACCUUUAUGAGGCUCGAAGUCGACUGUAUAAUCAGUGGUCUUCGAACAUGAAGCCUUAUCAUUUUAAGCCUUCCUUGUCGUUUGAACUGUUUCAUGAUUCGAAUGGCAACGGUGAUUUGUUUCGGAUCAAGCUGUAUAUGGGGCUACAUGAUCAAGCAGAUCAUUUGGUCGACGUGAGCCGGAGUGAGUUUCAAUUACUGCUCACCCAUCUCGCUGGGGUUGAUCACCGGAAUCGUGAGGCGGUGCGCUGUGCGCUGGUUGCGGCUCUGGACAAAAAUGUUGAUGAGGAUUACAUGUAAAUAGGAGUCCCUGCCGCACAUUGUCAGUAAGACUAG